CCCACGACCCUGACUACCAAUCUUCAUUAUAUCACCCGUAAACCCCCAUAACCAAUUACCAAGUCCCUAACUGUACCGCCCAAACCAAUAUGUCUGGAUCUAUCCCCACCUCCACCUCCGUCAGCGAGUCAGCCGUCAUUGACGCGUCUUUCAGCGAUGUCUGGCACCUGAUCAAGCUCCAGGACUUCAGCAAGUUCUGGUCCAAGCUCGACAAGAGCGAGUUCGUCAAGGGCACAUCGGAAGAGACCGACAUUGUCAAGUGGACCUUCAAGGACGGCACCGAGCUUGAGGUCAAGCAGGAGGAGCACUCCUCCAUCGACCACUUCAUCACAUACUCCGUCAUCACUUCCAAGCCCGAGCUCUCUUACUCCUCCGUCGUAUCCACCAUCCGCGUAUACCCCGUCACCUCCGGCACACACGAGAACAAGACCUUCAUCACAUGGUCUGGCAACUUCAGUAGCGAUGCCGAUGCCAGCGUAAUCCAGGAUGCCAAGUUCAAGCGCCGCGAAGCCCUUGCCGACCUCGCCAAAGUCGCUUCCAAGAAAUAGGUUUCGAAUGGAUGCUUGACUUUCUCUGAUGUUGAGAAUUUCAUGCAAUAGAAGACAUAUUGUGGCCAUUUCGCAUUGUGCGAUGGCUUGCAAUGAAGAUGAGGAUGAUAUGGAGACCACGCGGGCAAUGAACUUUAGUGUUGUUGUCUAGCAUAGAAGUACCAAUCAUAAUAUGACUACGAAGCAUCGAUUC